AUAAGCAAAUUAUAUGGAUCCAUCUCAUGGUGAGCCAGUAUCAUACAAGACGAUUGAUCAUUUAUAUAUACAAACACUAAGCUUUACAAACACACAAUUCAUUUUCACAUCAAAAACACAUAUCACCCAAUAAGCUUUACAAACUAAAGUCUUAAACCCACCAUCCCAAAACUUUUGGAUCAUAUCCCAUUAUAUACAUGGAUAUUGCUAGUUCACAGGCAGAAAAUGGAAAUUUGUGCUUACAGAUAUCUGAACUAAAAAGGCUAAGUGAUGCAUACCCACAAAACACAACCCAUUUUGAGCCUGAAACAAGCAGGAAUGACAGCAGUAAAACUAGCACAGAACCCUCUGUACAUAAUCCAGUAGUCCCUGCACCUGAAAAAAGACUAACCCUUUUCGCUCUUCGCUUAGCCAUCCUCGAAAAGUCAGCUACCCGAUUAGGCACACUUGGGUUCAUUUGGGCUACAGUGGUUCUUCUUGGUGGCUUUGCAAUAACUUUAGAAAAAUCGGAUUUUUGGAUCAUAACAGUCAUUCUUUUAACAGAAGGAACAAGGAUUUUUAGUCGAAGUCACGAACUUGAAUGGCAACGUCAAGCUACAUGGUCUAUUACUGAUACUGGGAUCAACAGUUUUCGACUUCUUAAGUUGGGUUCGAAUAAGAUUUUUAAUGCUAUGAAGUCGGUUUUCACCUCACCGAGUUUAUGUGCUAAAAGGGUAGAAAAAUCGCGUAAAGGGAAUAAAAGAAACAUGGCUAAUAGAAGAUGGGAUAGUUCAGAUGUGUCUAUUUUACCUUACUGUUCUCGAUUAUUUCAGUCGAGAAAUGUAAGUAAGAUUCUUCAGUGUCUUCAAGUUGUUGCAGCAAUUGCUUGUGUUAGUCUGUCUUUGAUGAAACUUAUAAGGAGAAACUUUGGAGAAGUCGAAAAAUCUGAUUCGGACAAAAGGAAUAGGAAAUCGGCUUUGUGCAUAUUCUAUGCAUUGGCUUUAGCUGAAGCCUUUUUGUUUUUGUUUGAAAAGUUGUAUUGGGAAUUGACAGUUAUGUAUUGUAAAAUUUUUGUUAAGGUAAACGAAGAAUGCGAGUUUGGACUUUCGGGUAUUGUUUCUGUAAGGAGAUUCUUUUACGAUGCUUAUUCGAGAUGUAUUGAGGGGAGUAUUUUCGAUGGGCUAAAGAUGGAUAUGGUUUCGUUUGCUAUGGAACUUUUAUGUUCAAAUUCAUCGGAAGAGCAACUUAUGGGUGCUCGAAUUCUUAAAAGUUUUGCAAUGAGUAGUCGGUUUUGUGAUGAUACAUUGCAAAAACUCGGGGUAAGUUUCUCGACAGUUGAAAGAUUAGUAGAGAUAUUGAACUGGAAGGACCCCAAAGAGGAGGAAAUCAGACAAUCAGCAGCAGAAAUAGUGUCGAAACUAGCAGGAAUGAAACAGAAUUCUCUUCGAGUUGCAGGAAUUCUAGGUGCCAUGGAAUCGAUUUCAUCACUUCUUUUUGUUGAGAAAACCGGGAUUUCAAUAACCGAGACAUUUUAUAAUCUCGGGCUACUUAUUCUCAUGAAGCUAGCUCAAGACCAUGAGAAUUGUGGGAAAAUAGGGAAUACAAAAGGUUUACUACCUAAAAUCAUUGACUUAUCUUGUGUAGGAGAGAAAUUAUUGAUGGAUGAAAAUGUCAGGGAUUCAUGUAUUCAAAAAGCUAAACGAGCCCUUCAAGUUAUAAAAAUGCUCGCGAACACAACAGGUAGUACAGGAAAACAGCUUCGAAAAGAGAUAUCGGAGAUUGUUUACACAUUUAGCAAUAUCCGAGACAUAUUAAGGUAUGGGGAGAAAUAUCCCGAAUUGCAAAAACUAGGGAUCGAGAUAUUGACAAGUUUGGCGAUAGAAAAUGAUGCAACUGAUAGAAUUGGACACACAGGUGGAAUCAUUAAAGAGUUGUCGAAGAUUUUCUUCGAAGAAGGGAGGCCACACCCACAUGCUCAGGUGGGUGUUAGGAGUGCAGCGGGUGAAGCUUUGGUUAUGCUCAUGUUGGAAAGCGAGCAAAACUGCAACUACAUCUUGCGGUUAGGGACAAUGAAGAAGCUUGUGAACGCGUUAGAGGAUCCAUUGGUUCGUUUGAAUUCAGCUCAGGUUUUAAGAAAUUUGUGCACUUAUGGUACUCAGGAUUGCUUCCAAGAGUUAGGGGGAGUAGCUGCAGCAGUUCCCACUAUUCUAAAGGGCAUCACAUCGGAAGAGGACAGACUACAAGAAGUGAUGGUAGGAUUAGCAGCACGAGCUUUCAAGUUCAUUACUUACUCCGAUCCAAGCAUUGUGUUUGAGCGAGCAGGAAUCAAAGAGAACGAGAUUGCAAAUGCACUUGUACAGAUUCUGAAGAAGCAUCGAUACCCACCUCCUCGAUUUCCCAGGAUACGACGAUUUACUAUUGAACUUGCAAUGUGGAUGAUGAAUGACAAGGAAUCAAACAUACACAUUUUCAGAAAUUUAGGACUAGAAAAUGAGUUACUCAAUGUUUUAGAUACCACUUCAGAGCUUGAGAGCUUUAAUAUAAUUUCAGGGACUGUGGGGUUAAGUAGGUUUAGGACUUCAAUGCAUACAUUGGUGAAAAAUGCACAAAACUUGCUAUCAAGUAAGCAAUUGCAAUAGAAUGAAUAGCCUUAUGUAUUUAUUUAAUAUACUAAAAGACAUGAUCUAAUCAUUAUUUUCGAUUUUGCAAUUCAUAAUAUCAAAUAUUGGUUUAUUAGUCUCCCUUCUGAUCCAACUAGGUCUUGUGCCCGCAAGUGAGGGCACUGACACUAAAAAAUGAUUUAAAAGUUUAGAAGGAGGUUCUGAGAAUCAAAACUAAGACCAACAAUGCA